GUCACGACCUGAUGCUGCUGUAAGGAGGCAAAAGCGGAGGCUCACCUUCGCCCAGCAGUAGCGAGAGAACACGGAACAAAAAUAUCUUCCUGCAACUUGUUACUUUGUCCUCUGAGUCUGGGCAGAGCUACACUUCCUGACGCUGCUGUGAAGAGCUGGGUAAGAAUGGAUGCGACAUAAAGCAGAAGUCUUGAAGUCUUAGUCACCAAUCUGAUGGACUUACUGUUCACGCUUUACUUCCAAACACUUGAAUUGUUUCAGUACUGCUGACAAAGGAAAGAUGACCUCUACUGUAGGUCCACCGCCAUACUAUGAAAAUCAUGGCUUUCAGUCAGAAAACGUCUGUUCUGCCAGGCAGCCAGUAGGUGCUAACCCGUAUCCACAGUACUUCUCAACAAAUGCUCCGUCAGUGCCAAGCUAUGUCCCAAGGGUUGCUACCCAUCAGUCGACUAGGCCAGUAGCACGUUCAUCCGGGAGAACAUGUGCAUCAAGUGUAAAGAAAACCAUAGUCAUUAUAUUAUCCAUUUUACUAGUCAUCUGUUGUGCAAUUGCUGCUUUCUUCAUCUGGUAUUUUGUAGAGAAUCGUUGUCUCAACUCCUUAAUAGAGUGUGGAUCUUCAGGAGUGUGCAUGCCGCCCUCGCAGUGGUGUGAUGGAGUGAGCCACUGCCCCGACGGGGAGGAUGAAACCCGGUGUGUUAGACUUUUUGGACCAAACUUUAUCCUGGAAGUUUAUUCACCUGUCAGCAAAUCCUGGUAUCCCGUUUGUCAAGACGACUGGAAUGACGAUUAUGGGAAGAUUGCAUGUAAAGACAUGGGCUACAGUGUAGAUACGUAUUACUAUAGUCAAGGAGUAGCAACUGAAGUCAGCUUUAAAAGCUACAUGAAGAUAAACACAAGUGCUGGGAAUAUAGACUUGUACAAAAAGCUGUAUAGCAGUGAUUCCUGUGCUUCAGGAAAUGUGGUUUCUCUGCGCUGCAUAGAGUGCGGCCUGUCCACUAAAAGCGUGAACGUUAUGAACAGAAUCGUGGGUGGCAGCGGGGCGGCACUGGGGCAGUGGCCGUGGCAGGUCAGCCUCCACGUGCAGGGCACCCACAUCUGCGGGGGCUCCAUCAUCACCCGCCAGUGGAUAGUGACGGCGGCACACUGCGUGGAAGGACGAUUUUCUGAUCCAUACAGCUGGAGGGUUUAUGCUGGGGUUCUGAAUCAGAAUGAGAUGUUCUUAAGAAAUGGCUACCGAGUGCAACAGAUAAUUUCCCAUCCGGAUUAUGAUACAGAUUCUAAAGACAAUGAUGUUGCCCUUAUGAAGUUAGAGACACCACUGAGUUUUACUGAUACUGUACGGCCAGUUUGUCUGCCUAAUCCAGGAAUGAUGUUCCAGCCUAAUCAGCAGUGCUGGAUAUCUGGGUGGGGAGCAGAGUACCAAGGAGGUAAAACAUCAAAUAACUUGAAUUAUGUUAUGGUGCCCUUAAUAGAACGUUCUAGGUGUAAUUCUGUCUAUGUCUAUAAUGGCAUGAUUUUGCCUACAAUGAUCUGUGCUGGAUAUCUAGGAGGAGGAAUUGAUUCCUGUCAGGGUGACAGUGGAGGUCCGCUAGUAACUCAGAAAAACUCCGUGUGGUGGCUGGUUGGAGAUACCAGCUGGGGCACUGGCUGUGCUAGUCCCAAUAGACCUGGAGUGUACGGGAAUAUGACUGUGUUUACAGAUUGGAUUUAUAAAAAUAUGCAGGCGAACAGAUGACAACGCUGUCUGUCCUUCUUGCUGAUCGAUGUUUCUGAGAACAAGAAUAAAUGAAGCCAUGGGGGCCUGGGAUAUUUAUUCACUUUGCAAAUGAUUUGUUUUUCUCUUUGAAUUUUCUUUUUAAAAAUAACAUGAAGGAUUGCACACUCGGUUCUGUGCUGGCUACAGUGACUGAUCUUAAUCAGUGAAGGAUUAUCACAAUGAGCACCUUUCUUGUUGUGGUGCCUGGCAGAAAGUUCUGUCAACUGCUUGCUGAAAUGUCUCUCUUUAGUUGAGUAACUUUCACUUGAUAAUCAGGUACAGGCUUAUAAUGGCAAUUUUAAUCACAAUUUAAUUUAAGAUUUUCAUAGCAGGAUGCUGAGGCGGUUUAGUAGUGUUUUAAAUUAAGUGUUAAGUAAUGUGAACGUUGAAUCUCUGAGCUGCUGGUUGGCAAUUUAAAAAGAAAUGAAUGUUUUUUGGUGUAUAUGAAGGGAAGUUUUCAUGCACUACGGUAGAGGCACAGAAAAAAAAAUACUGUAUAUUCAGGUAGUUAAAAAUCCUCAGGAUCUUGACACAGCAGUCAUCCAAGUCAGAUUGUUCGAAGUGAGACCAGUCUGACUGUCUCAGUAAUUAAAAGUGCUGUUCUGCCUUAAGCUGCUCUGAACCCAAAAAUGGCAAGACCUGCUGUCACUCUUGAUGUAGGCUACGGAGAGGGAUGCUCCGGAGCUGUAGCGGGAAGCGGUGAGUUAAGUGUCCCGAUGGCGAGGUCCCUGGCUGCGCACAUCGAGGCUGACUCUUGAACUCUCCCUGCGGUGAAAGGCAAAGGGCAAAGGUUUUCAGUAAGCCUGUGUUGCAAGCGAUAGACCUCUGACUGCAGACACAUGUACAGAGGCUGGAUGUUUUAUACAAAGAAACACAAAUCUGCGUUUCUGCAUAACCAGAUGAACUACCUCAUUUAUUAAAUUUGGCUUUUAAUUCCUUAGAGCUCUCCUUUAUGUGUCUGCAUGUAUGUUUUUAGCAAAAUAUAAUUAAUGUCAGAGUGCCACCUCAGCUAGGAUUUUGAAAAUAAUUUAUAAUCAUAGUACAGAGGAUCAAAAAGCCAUACCAAGUCAUUUUUGUUAAGAAGGAUAAAUUUUUUGAAUGAAAUUACUCUACUAGUCUUGUUUUCUCUUUUGGUACUGAAAUGCAAUUAUCUUGCAUGUAAA